AUGACACUCGUCAUUUGUAUUGUUGUUUUUGGUAGCUUAGAGAUCUCAAUGGCACGAAAGAGUGGAUACAGCAAAAUCUCCAGUGUAGAGAGCGAAGAAAAACCCAAGGAAGUUAGCUGUCUGUCCGCUCUUCUCUUUCAGUGGAUGAACAGAGUUUUCAAGACAGGCAGUGAAAGGCCUUUAGAUCAGGAUGACUUUUUACCUUUGUCCGAGGAAAACUCGGCCCGUUCUUCGACCGAUAAACUUCAAGAGAGUUGGAAUAAGGAGAGAGAUAAAUGCAAGAAAAAAGGAAAAAGACCCAAGCUUUGGAAAAGCGUGUUGAGGAUGCUGACUGUCAACGAUCUCUUGGUUAUUGUGUUCGGGAACGUUUUGUAUGCAGCUUAUCAUAUUCUCAGUCCAUUGUUUCUCGGAUAUCUUGUGUCCAAAUUAAUAUCAGCUACAACACAGGAAANUUUUCCUCUCUAUGUUUGCGCUUUGAGUUUGUGUUUCAUUGCAGUGGUUGGAACCUUCGGUAUCCAUCACAUGGGCUACAGGACCGAGCUUUAUGGAAUCCGAGUGAGUAGUGCACUAAGGGGUUUGGUGUACCGUAAGACGUUACUAAUCAGCAAGGAAAAGCUGCUCAAUUUUACGACCGGGCGUGUGUUUGACCUGAUGUCCAACGAUGUUAAGAGAAUGGAGGAACAAACUGCCCUAUUCUUCUUCAAAUUUCCUUUCUUUGUUCUUGAAAUUGUAUUUACAGUGAUUAUUCUUGGUCACUUGAUUGGCUGGCAAGCUGUCUUGGCGGCCAUCUUUCUUUGCGUUUUAGUUCCCUUUUUGGCUGGCUUAUCCUAUUGUAGUGCUGCAGUGCGUCUACGCAUGGCGGCCGCGUCCGAUCAACGCAUUUCCCUGAUGAGUCAGGUGGUUGCUGGGAUACGUGCCAUAAAAGCGCAUGCGUGGGAAGAUGAAUACAGGGAAAGGAUAAGAGAUAUUCGCAGGCGGGAAAUUAGCGCCAUGCAUGAGAAGAACAUCCUUCAAUCAACUGUUGAUGGCUUGAUGUGCAGUGCAUCGGCGGUGGCAACCCUGGUGUUAAUCCUCGCUAUGGUGCUGACUGGUCAGGCUCUUAACCCUGUUAAAAUUUUCGUGCUCCUUUCUUAUGUCAGUGUUCUCAUGAGAAAUAUCAACCUUGGACUGGCUUAUACCUUUUUUUUAGUAUACGAAGCUUAUGUUUCGCUGGGUAGAAUCGAAGAGUUUCUUCUCCUAGAAACACUGCCCCAAAGUUCCGAUGAUGUGCGAGAAGAGAACAGAGGUGACCCAAAAAUUAGUUUAGUCAAACCGAAGAAAAAAGGUCAGGUUGCUACCGAAUCAAAAGAUUUUAUUGGGCCGCUAUCUUUGUGUGUGUCAAAUUUAACAUACAAGGGAAUUGAUCGCGAACAUGAAUAUAUUCUUCAGGACAUCGAGUUUGUCACUACUUCAAAGAGUUUAACAUUGAUAACGGGGCCAGUGGGUAGUGGAAAAUCCACUCUUCUUGCGACUAUCGCUGGAGAAAUCACACCUACGAGUGGAACUGUAACCAGCCAAGGUAUGAUCAUUUAUUUGCCUCAAAAUGCCUGGAUUUUUUCUGGAACGAUAAGAGACAACAUCUUGUUCGGUUUGCCAUACGAAGAAUUCAAAUACGCUCGAAUAGUCGAGGCCUGCGCUCUCAGAGAAGAUAUUCAGCGGUUUCCCGACGGUGACCAAACAAUUGUUGGAGAACGUGGUGAAGUUCUGAGUGGAGGACAGCAGGCGAGAGUGAGUUUAGCUCGUGCAGUCUACGCUGAUGGAGAUAUCUAUUUAUUGGAUGAUCCACUUAGUGCUGUUGACUUUAAAGUAGGGCAACACAUCUUUGAAAAAUGCAUCAAAGACAUGCUAAGUGUCAAAACCUGUCUGUUAGUUUCUUACCAAGAACAGCACAUGAAGGAUGCCGAUGAAGUGAUUGUGAUGUAUANUGAUCGCGAACAUGAAUAUAUUCUUCAGGACAUCGAGUUUGUCACUACUUCAAAGAGUUUAACAUUGAUAACGGGGCCAGUGGGUAGUGGAAAAUCCACUCUUCUUGCGACUAUCGCUGGAGAAAUCACACCUACGAGUGGAACUGUAACCAGCCAAGGUAUGAUCAUUUAUUUGCCUCAAAAUGCCUGGAUUUUUUCUGGAACCGUAAGAGACAACAUUUUGUUCGGUUUGCCAUACAAAGAAUCCAAGUACGCUCAAAUAGUCGAGGCCUGCGCUCUCAGAGAAGAUAUUGAGCGGUUUCCCGACGGUGACCAAACAAUUGUUGGAGAACGUGGUGAAGUUCUGAGUGGAGGACAGCAGGCGAGAGUGAGUUUAGCUCGUGCAGUCUACGCUGAUGGGGAUAUUUAUUUAUUGGAUGAUCCACUUAGUGCUGUUGACUUUAAAGUAGGGCAACACAUCUUUGAAAAAUGCAUCAAAGACAUGCUAAGUGUCAAAACCUGUCUGUUAGUUUCUUACCAAGAACAGCACAUGAAGGAUGCCGAUGAAGUGAUUGUGAUGUAUAAGGGGAGCGUGUUGGAAAAGGGAAAUUUCACUGAACUACAAGAGAAGGGCGUCAUAAGUUCAACCUUUGACUCUCUCUCUAAAACAUCUCUGAAUGAUGAUACUGGUUUGUACGGAUCCGCUGGCUGGGGGAUUGGUGAGACAUACGAAGAAGCUGAUAAAUGUGCGAAAAUAAAGCCUCUUCUUUGUGAAGGCAAGAGUCUUGAGAUUGCACAAGAAGAUCGGGUGAUCGGAAAAGUUACAACCAAGCUAUACUGGGCCUACUUCUGA